UUUUUGUUUAAAUAGCAAAUGGCUAUUCAGUUAAUUAAUGAAGGAGCAAAUAGACUGACUUUUUUCGAAGUGUGAUCAAGUUGUUUAAUAAUUGCUGAUUACUGCUACGAAAGGUGGUAGGAUUUAUUGGAUUUAUUGGAUGACAAGGAGUAUGAUAUUCAACUUUUUAUAGAACAAAUUAAAGAUGUCAAGGAUAUGGAUACUGAUCAGUAUCCUAGGAGUAGUCACCAUCGGCAUCCACGGAUUUACUAUGGAACGUGCUGUUGAACCUGCUUCAUCAGCGUCCUGGGACGUCGUACCGUCUCUGGAGGCUGAACAGCGUGGAUCCUUUGAGAGGAUUUUAAAUGGGAAGAUGCAAGUCACCGGAAUGGAUAAAGUCCUGCAAUCCUCAGAUUCAAGAAAGCCAGUUGAGCACGUGGAGGAUUCAAUUCCUGAAGGACCUCAACGCGAGAAACGAUCUGAGGUCCUGAUCAAGUUCGUAAACGACACAGGGGACAAGGACGAAAUCAUCCCUUUGGGGAACGUCGAACCUGCAAACAAGGAUACGGAAAAUAUUCCAAAAAACGUCGUAUUACUUCUGACUGAUAUGAACGGUCAAGACGCCAAAUCAGCGUGGGAGAAUUUUCAAAUGAAAUAUGAAUUUUCCGCGCAUGGAUUGCUACAGAGCUGUCUAAACGCUGAUCCUUUGUCCAUGAGAUAUACGAUGGGUGAUCAAUUCGUUGGUAAACAAGACAAUGAUUGCGGAUGCGAACGUCAUUUAAAAUCAAAUUUAGGAACACUGUUGUCAUGGGCACAUCGCUUUAAGGAAAUGACCACUGGAGCAGUGUCAGCUACUAAUUUCACAAUCUCUCCAACGCUUCCGUACGAUGGACCAACUGGAAUCGGCAAAGAUUUUAAUAAAGUCCAAGAAAAUAUGAUGAAGUCAGAAAUUCGACGUCCUAAAAUCGACUUUCGCGAUUCCUGGCAUUAUCUCGAUGCUGACAAACAUACCUCGAGUCCAGCUACUGGUUCUUCCGGAAGUCCUACCACUACUACACUAAAAGACGGACCUAAUAGCUUUGAUGGAAUGUGGGACGUCUUCGACAUGUUCUCCAGGAUAAGAUUGGCCUUCUUCCGCACUCUUCUGGACUCCCUUAGCAGCAACUGGCCUGGUGCUGAAGAUGAGUUUUCACCAAGAAGGCCAUUUCCACUUCAGGCUAACCUUGUCGAUCUUCUUGGUGAUACCAUUAAAGAAUUGAAGUCUGUGUCUAGUGAUAAGGGUUUCAUCCUCGUAGCAGCAGCACCGGGAAAUGAAAUUUCCGGGGCUGUCGAUCUUCUUCAACGUGAGAUCACCAAGGAUACGUUACUGAUAGUGGUUGGCAUGUGCACUGGGAAUGAGAAGCUCGUACCAUAUUAUGCUUCUGGUCCAGGAUCUAAGGCUCUUUACAAAGCAGUUAGCAUUUGGGCACUUCCGCUUACUGUAAAGGAUAUCCUAGGGAUUACUUGCUCGGGUACCGGAUGUAGGAAACGACGUCAUGACGUCUUGACGCCUGACAACCCCAUUCCUCCACAUGAUGAUAAAAGCGUACCACACAAAAAAGUGGUCAGGGCCGAAAAUGCUUCGGAUGAAAAUGAUGACGACGUCACUACUACUGAAAAGAAUGGAUCACCGUUAGCUUUAAACGGCCAGGCGACAGUAACUUUGUUAGGGUUAGCGACGUCAACCGUUGCGACGCUAGCUCUUAGUUCAUAGAAACCGUCAAACUUCAAUGGAAUUAUUAAUUAAUCGCGAAAUUUUAACAUUUCUGAAAUUCUUGUCCGUAUUUAUUACACAAUAAAAAAGAACUAAACAUUA